AUGUGCAUUACCCUGAGCUGUUAGCAGGACCAUCUGGCUCGCAUCCACAUAGGUGGGCAACCAUUUCUCACCUUUCCCUCCCUACCCACUGGAGACCCCUGCCCAGCAUUGCUGGCGGGGGUCCCACCCUACCUGACCCGCCACCCUUGCCCACCCCCAACCCUCCAUAUUGCCAGACACCCAGCCCUCUGAAGUAACACCUCCAGCCCCACCCCAUCCAACCCCAGGCAGUCAGGGGAUUAAAUACAUACGAAGCCUCCGGAAAUCUGAAGCAUCAAGUCAGGGGAUUCCCUCCAUUGACCAAGGUGAGUUUGUGCCCGCUCAGUCAACCUCUCAGCUUUGACACAAAGGGAAGGGUCUUGCUCAACUAAUGAGUGUUACCAGUGCAGCAAAGUUGGACGUUAUAGGAGAUUUUGCUCACAAGCCAACAAUGCUAACCCAAAGAAUUCAAAGAGGUGGCAAAAUUUUAUUCCCAGACGCCCACAAGAGCAUCCUCUGAGGGGCGAGGCACCUCAACGACAGACUAAUAAUUCUUACCAACCAAGAAGGAAGUGGGUGCCUUUGCCGCCUUUCUGCUGCCUCCAAAACCUUCUGGCAGCGAAAUAGGAGAAUACUGACAACUAAAUAGGAAUCCCAUCCACUCAGAACUCCUGUGUCCUGUCUUAACUCUCUCUGCCACUGACCUCAUGGGCAAAAUACACAUGGAUUGAUACUAGUACAAUUGCUGACUAGACACAGGGCUGCCGCAUCCGUCCCAGGCGCCCCCCAGCUGGUGGGCACUCGGGGGAUGUGAUGCCUCAAGUGCCCUGCAGGCCCAGCGCUGCCUGAUUUGGGGGGUGUGAGAGAGAGAAGGUGUUUUGUUUCAUUUUUACAGUUCUCCUGAUUUUUACUGCAUUCUAAAAGAUUGCCAAAUGGAUAUGCCUACCCUGAACCCAUGUUCAGUGCCUCCAUCAUCUGGGAAGGAACAGUCAAGAAACUUAGCCAGAGAUGCCUCCCUUUUCUCCAUCCCAACACAGCACACAUCUUUUGAGGACUGCAGUUUGAUUAGUGAGUUGCACAAAUCCAUAUUUCCAGGUGCUGACAUCUUAAAAGGAAUGGUAGCCAGACCAGUUUGGGGCCUGAAAAGCUUAUCUCUAGUGACGUGUAGGGCUUGAGCUGUGGUUUAUUGUUGGGGACGAACUGUGGUUUGGUGGGUAAAACAUACCUUUUGCAUCCAGAAGGGUUCCAGGGUCAAUCUCCUAGCAGAGCUUGAGAGAUGCAUUGCCAGUUGUGAAACCCUGGAGACAGUGGUAGUGGAGACACAUUGGUGUCCUGGUUUUGGAAGAACUUUAUCUCUCCCUGCCUUGUGCGCAAACUUUGACACGUCCUGCCUAUCUGUCAAAGUUGGCCUGCAGGGACUUGAGAAGAGAAGAACCAAACAAGCCAGACCUCCCUGCACAUCGGGACUUCCGGGUUGGCGCCAUCGCCGAAUGGCGGACUCCCUCCGAGCUCCGGAGGGAGUCUGCUCGGCAGGGGCUGGGUCCUACCGCGCCGGCGACGCGGGGACCCUUAAAAACCACGGGCACGGAGUCCGUGGACAUGGGUGACUCGGCUUGCACCAUGAGCACCCUCCCGACGCGUGACGGAGCCUUGUUAAGGCUUCGGAUCGGGUGCCGGGGAGCGGCGUGGUGCUUUGAGUCUUCUGCUUUCCCUGCCGAGCGCAGCCGCAUGCCAUUCGACGGAGAGCGCUGACUUCUUCCAUUGAAAAUUUGGACUAUUAACAACAACCCGUGAGUAAUUGGGAAAUCGGGUUUAAAAUUUCGGAUUUGGCACGAGCGGGGGCGAUUUAAAAAGGAAGUCAAUCCCCCCCCCUACUGUAAGCAUUCCAAAACAAGGACUGAGUAACCAAGGUCCAAAGGGAAGUAUAUUCUUGAUAAAAACCAUUAAUUUCACGAUGGGAAAUUAUAAGAACUGUGCUGGAGGAGAAGAGUGGAGGGUGAGAAGAAAAUGCAACCCCCCGGGAACCGGGGCGAUUCGUGGAGCCUGGUGAAGAGAGACGGAGACUUUGACAGCUGUCAAAGUGGCUGUCAAAGUUGGAGAAUAUAAAGAGGACUUUGUUAUGAGGACUUUGCCGGUUAAUUUUGCUACAAUUUGUUACAAUAUGGAUAUAAACUGUUGGAAAAUAAGCAACAAUUUGACUUUUGGAUUAGAGGAUACAAAGUUAUUACAAACCCCUAGAGGGGUUUCGGGAUAUUACAAGAACGGUCGUAAGUGGAAAAAUACUCUGGGAUUCGCACAGGACUUGUUAUCUUUGGGAAAGCUGCAAAACUGAAAUAGUAUUUUGUCUACAGAGGUAUUUACAUUAAAGGAGACAAUAGAAUUUUCUAUUGAAGAAAGGAAGGGACUGGACGUAAGUUUUUGUUCCUGAAUAACAAACCUCUGCAGAGAUAUCAGAUUUCUGAAUUAGAAAGUUUUAGCAGCUGAACAGGACAAGAAACCUGAGAAAGUGAGGAAAAGAAGAACAAAGGACUGAUUACGACACGGAAAGAACAACGGGAGGAGUGGUAAAGAUCAAGGAAAUUAAAGGCCUUUGUUAGAUUGGACACUUGAAGUUACAUAUUAUUAAUAAAUUAAAAGAAAACCGGCAAGAUGGAAUCGGGGAGAAAUUUGGUCAUGAAUUGAGACUUCCAAGCUGAUAAUGCACAGACUGAUGGAUAUGGGGAAUUCAAACCGGGGAAGGGGGGGGGGAGAUUUGAAAUCCAAAGGCUGUGUAACCAUCUUUUGAAUUUUUUUUAUAUCUUUUAUUUUUUAUUUUUUUUACAUAACUUAUGUAUGUCAUUUUAUUUUGAUUGGACGUGUUUAAAAAAAGGCAAUUCGUGGAAGGAACUGGGGUGGAUCUUGGGGAAAAUCUUUUUUCUUUUCUUGUUAAUGAUGUGGGACGGUGGUAAGAUUUGUACAAUUCAAUUUGGAUAGUGGGUUAAACAAAUUAAGCUUCAAAUUGGGAGUGAGAGCUUGUAGAAUUAAAUUAAGGAAAGGGGAAUACAGUCGGGGGGGGGGAGGGGGGGAGUCCCAGAAAGUAGGCAAUGAAAGUAAGGUUUUUAAAUAUCUUUUUUUCUUUUUCUUUUUUUCUUUGUAUUUUUAUAUUUCUGGAAACUUUAAUAAAUAUGAUUAAAAAAAAAAAAAAAACCUCCCUGCACAUCAGCUGAUGAAUGACAAGACUUGGUGUGUUCAGUCCUGCAGAAAGGAUUGAACUCUUCACCCAUCAGCUGAGUCCUGCUCUCCACAGGGCACAGCAGCUGUCAGGUGUAGGGCAAAUGGGCCCGGUUUGGGCAAAAUGACCUUGCUAGCCAAACUUUUUCCAUGCACUGGAGGUUCCCUUGUGUAGGCAUUGCUGAGCCAGGCAGGCCCCACAGAUUACCAUCAUUGUUUGGUAAUCAGGUCAAAAUGUUAGCAGGGUUAUUGUAAAUGCAGUAGUGUAAAGUAUUAUAGAUGUAGCAGGAGGAGAGAAAUAUGAAUAUGUGGGGAAAUUAGAAUACGCAGUCUUAAUGGAUAAAGAAAUAGAACCAUAGAAGGGGGAAGGGAAGUCAAGGAUUGAAUGUACGGUUAUAUUCAAUGAAAUGUAAAACGCUCUAAUGAAAAAUGAUAAAUACAGUUAUAAAAAGGGGGGAAUUGAAAGGCAUUUACUCCCCCCACCCCCAAAUAUAUAUCCUGAAGCGAUUGAUGCCAUUUUGGUGAAAAUUGAACCAGGAACUGAAGAACCUUCCCUUUGAGAAUAGGCAUUCAGGGUUUCUCGUUGUGAAAGACAAUUGUUGCUUCCAUUCCUUUCCGCAGGGCUUUUGUGGAAGACCAUCCUGGUGGGCUGCAUCUAACAUACUUAGGAAUAUAUUAUGAGCAGACGUUUGAGUUUUAUGCCCCAGUUUGAGGAGAAGGCCGAAAAGAUACCUUGUCAUCAUGUCCUUGCAGGUGUUUCCAAGGUGGAGUGA